AUGUGGUUCUGGACCUUCUUUCAAGGGAUUCUGCUGUUUACAAAUGCCUUCGCAAUUCUGAACGAAGAUCGUUUUCUAGCUCGAAGAGGAUGGACAUUAGCAGAGAUGUCGAGAGAAAGAAGAAGCACGCUCAAAGGCCAGGUAGUUGGGCUCAUCCAUGCAUGUCAAUUCUUGAGACUUCCACUCAUUCUUUUCAAUAUCAUCACCAUCAUCGUCAAGCUCUUCUCUGGUUGAUUCAGUAUAUAACGUGAAAGAAAACCCUGUAUAUUACUGUAUCUUGAAGCAUUACGUAUUCGUAUUUCACUAGUAAUAGGUUUGACUCCAGCUUUUGCUCUUAAUUUUAGCUUUCAUUUUCGUUAUCAACCCACUUUCUGAGUACAUUUCUAAGUAUCAUCCAGCAUAUUUAGUGACCUUAAAAUCCUCUGUUUGUAAGCACAUGAAGUGAUCUAUAUGUUCUAAGAAACAAGUUUGAAGCAAUCCAGUUGAUCUCAACAAAUGAAAGUAUUACUUAGAAGAAAGAAACAGAGCCCCUUAAAUGAUAGUAAUACAUCAAUAUGUCAAACACAGAAUGUCUUAAAACACUAGAAAACAAAUCAAUUCACUCUACUCUACUGGUAUCAUAACUUCGUUGGUUCUCAAAGAAGGCAAUGUCCAAGGUGGGUUAUAUCUUGCCAAUACAUAAUCCCCAAUCACCUUGUGUCCAUCUUUCUCCAAGCUUUUCUUUAGCUGCUCCACCUUCUCCGCCACCACUCCCUCCGUUGCAAUUCCGCUAAAUCUCACUACGGCUAGUUUUCUCUCCCCUUCUUCCUUUAUCACAACCCUUUCAUCCGCCGGUUUAGGAGCCUCCUCUGCUUUCUUGUACUUGCUAGGUAGCACAAACUGCAUCGUCACCGGCUUCCCUUCGCUGCCGCCACCCCCCGUCACCACCGGAGCUGUCAUCGAAAUCUUCUCCGAUUUGGUGAUCACCGGCGCCGUCAUGGCCACUUUCUCGGACUUGAUGUUCUGUGGCUCACCAAUGGCUCCGAUGUAUUUUGCUAAUACGGUGAAGCCACCGUCUUUGUUGCCUCUGAACUGGGUCGGAUCGUAGGCGACUUCAGCCACCACCGAUGGCUCGUAUUUGCGGAUUUCGUAGUCGGAAGUGGAUUGAAUGAGCUCGUAUUUGGGGGUUUCAACACUGAUCUUUCCGAGAAUCAAACCCAUGUUUGGAAAUUUAAGUUAUUGAUGGUCAAGGGGUGGCUGAUUUUAUACAUUGAGAAGAAAGGCGGUUGCUUGAAGAAGGGGUUGGAAUUGGGAAGUUCAGCCAUGGAAUAAGUGGUGGAAGUUGGAGGAGUGUGUGUGUGGCUUUUAUUCGUCCACGACUACUUUGCUUGCAAAUGGAUCUGCUGUCCCGAAGAAGACGACUGAGAGUUUUCUUGUAUAAUAAUUCCAAUGGAAUUGUUUAGAAUCAAUUGUGUUUGAGAACUUUUUGAAGCUGUUUCAUUCAAGUAUGGAAAUUGAAUGUUGGAAUCA